AUGGAUAUCGACUCACUUGAUGAGAACGACGGUGUAAAACUCUAUGCCAAACGCAAAGGGAAAGCAAAGCAGGAGAAACUUCGUGCUCCUUUACGUUCAAUUGACUGUACCUGUGUAAAGGGUGACGAUGGUUCUCCAAUGAUACAGUGUUCCGAAUGCAAAAUUUGGUAUCAUUUCACAUGUGUUGAUUUGAGUGAGCCAGAGGCUGAGGAAAUUAAUAUAUAUAUAUGUCCUACUUGUACUACAUCCACAGGUCGUCGAUCAACCAUGAAUUGGGAAGGUGAUGCGGCAAACGAGGAGUACGUCGAUGAUGAAGUUACAAUUACCGCAAGGCGAAAGGCGGCUCUUUCGAAAUCAAGGGAUGGUAAAAGGGUAUCAGAGAUGGCUGAAGAAUCUGAGGAGAGUUCAAGCAGUGAAGAUGAAUACAUUGAUGUCAAGAGGGAGCAUGUUGAACAGAGUAAAUUGGUUUCUAAGCGUACAUCAAAUGCCUCUGACUCUGACUCUGAAGACCACAAUAGGAAGCGACGCUUCACCCGCAAAGUGUCCGCAUCUCCGGUCACCAGUGUUCAACAUUCUACUUUGAAAAGAAAGGCAGCACCCCAUUCAAAUCCAGUUCAGGCAUCGCCUGCACACAAGCGCAAAAGGUCAACAGAAAGCCAUGGCCAUGGAAGCACCGCUGCCGACGAUCCAGCCCGGAAGUAUUGCUUGGGAAAGUUGGAAGAGCUUUUCAAGGACGUUUUCUUGCGUUACCCUCACAUACGCACACAAUCCGAAUCCUCAGCCGCUGGUCAACCUAUGGAUGUCACAGAGGACAGUAAUGAGACCGCCAAACUUGUUCCCAAAGAUCCUGAAUUACUGACGGAGGAAGAAAAAGAAACCGUGCUCAACCGUGCCCGUCAAUUCGCCAAUGAAUUGGAGAGUAGCGUUUUUGAAAUCUACGCAGAGCCUGACAAGAACGGCAAUCCGCACGCAGGAGGAAAGUACAAAGAGCGUUUCAGGAUGCUGCAGUUUAAUCUUAGCAAAGUUGACCGUGUUAUUAUCCAUCAGCGCAUUACAUCUGGAAAUAUUUCUGCAAAGGAGAUUUCGCUGAUGUCGUCCACUGACCUGGCGGACGAGGAGACCAAACAAUCUAUCAAACUCGCCGAGAAGGAAGCAUUGGAACAUUCUAUCCUUCUAAAGUCAUCUGCCCCACGUGCGAAAAUUACCCAUAAGGGUUUACAAGACAUCGAAGAUGUCAAUGGUGAAGUAGCUACGGCGCAACAGAUAGAGCGCUUAAAAGAGCGCGAACAGGAGGAAGAUGAAAGGAGAGAACGUGAGCGUAUGGCACGACUAAGAACGGUGCAAAGGCAGAGGACAGCCUCUAUAUCGGUACCUCCUGAAUCUCCGAUUGUACCUUCGGGAGAAUACCAGUGGGGGGCGCCGCCUCCUGUGCCGCCGCACGCGAUUUCGCCAACUGCUGCUGAAUCGGAGGAAAACCAGGGUCAGAGCUUGAGGCCUUCUUUAUUCUUGCAGACGUCUGAAGUCAACAACGUCGAACCAGAAUUAAACCUUGACGAUCUGAUCAAUAUUGAUGGUGAACAAGAAUCUCCGCGACCCUCCCCCAUUCAAGAAUCGACAAGUGGUACAUCGACCGACACAAAGUUGGAAUCUCUAUUAUCUACUCAUCCUUCGCCCAUUGUAUCGACUCCUACAGGUAUUUCGCCGUUUGCUUCGCGACCCGAAAGAAUGCGUGGUGCUUCCUUCGACCUUAGCUCUAUCUGGAAUGCCCCCAAAGAUGAGGCAUCCACAUCUGAAUCUGCCCAAAAGGCCAUUUCCGUACCUGCAGCUGCCCCUUCCGGAGAAUCGCCUACAGAAGGAAGCGAUAAAGAUGAUGCAAUGGAAUUGGAAAGUGUUGAAGCUAACGACCAAGACUUUGACAUGUUCCUAGAGGACAACCAAGUGGAAUCACCAUCCGACGAUUUGAUUGUGACGCCCAUUCCCUCACUGCAGGAUGUUGAAAGUUUGCCUCAAGUAUGGACUGGCAAGCUUGCGAUGCCACUAGACUCGAGCAUGCCACAGGAAACCUAUCUUAUUGCGCGUCAAGUGGCUGGUCGUGGGAUCCCUCCAGAGUCACCUCUAUGGCGAACUUUGUUCCCAUCAGACCAAUUGAGGAUAGAAGGACGAGUUCCUGUGGACAACUCAGUCAAAUAUUUGAUGCAAAUGCGAUUGAAUGCAUCCAAAGAAUUGUACGCCGCUGCUUUUGUCCCAGCUUCUGCUGCGAAUGCGGAAGACUUCAAGACUUUUUGCAAUUUUCUCAAAUCAAAAUCUCGUCACGGAUUGGUGUUUCCAUGGGGUAAUAGGCCGAAGGAUUAUCAUCCUGGUCGUGAACUCUACAUGAUUCCUUUGCUGCAAAGUGAACCAUUACCGGAAUUCGUCGAAUUAUUGGAUGGACUAAAGCUUCCUACUACUCGAACUAAAGAUUAUCUUUUGGGAAUAUGGAUUUUGAAUAGGGGUAAAUUAGCUGUACUGCCUAAUUCCACUACAACACAAGCGCCUCCAAAGCAGACACCGCCGCCAGCGUCAAUGCCUCCAAGCCAGCUACCACCACCAGUAUCAAUGCCUCCAGUCCAGCCACCUCAACACAUUCCCCGAAUCCCCGUAAUACCUCCACCGAUGUUCAAUACCCCUCCACCUCAUGUUCCGCAGAAUUUGCCUAUUCCCACACCUCCGCUUUCAAUUCCACAGACGAUACCUGGCAUGCCUGCUAUCGCACCUGCAGCACUUGCAGCGGAGGUAGCAUCUCUUACUCCAGAGCAGCUUCAGGAAGUUCUUAGGACCCUCGCUGCCACCACGCAAAUACCUUUGCCACCUCCCACAGGGCAUAUUCCGCAACCACCAUCUCAGCCACCUUUCUCUCAAAAUCGACCUCCCUUUCCACCUCAUGCACCACCCCAUAUACCUCCAGGAUCUCAAAGCACGCAGCCCUGGAUGCAUCAUACUCCGCCACCCCCACCACCGCCGGGCCAAUAUCCUGUCAAUUACCCUCCUCCAAAUGCUCCCUAUCAGCAACCACCCCGUGGUUCUAAUUCGCCCGCCCCAGCCUUAUAUGAUCGACACGAUUAUGACCAUGAUUACCGUUCUGGACCUCAUUAUUCACAUGGUGGACGCGGCGGUCAUGAUGAUCGCGGUUGGCGUGGCAAUCAAAGUAAUCGAGGACGAGGAAGAGGCCGUGGCGAUGGCUACGACCGUGACUACAACGGUCGCCGCUCUAGUGACUCAGGAUGGCCUCGAAGAAGACACGACAAUCAAGGAGGUCCUUGGUAG